AUGUUAUUUACACAUUAUUUAUUUGGCUAUGUUGGUACAACUAUAUGUUCAGUAGGACUUGUUCUUGCUCUAUGUUCUGUUUAUAUAUUUACUCGUCGUCAAAUGCGUAGUGUUGUUUCAACUUAUCUUGCUGGAUUGAGUAUUAGUGAUAGUUGUCUAUUAUUACUAGGUCUUAUUUUUGCCUUUAAUUUUUCUAUUCCUCCAAAUCGACAAACUGAAUCGUUUUAUUCAUCACGACUUCAUAAAUAUCUUUUUCCAUAUGUUUAUGCCUGUAUUAUAUGGUUUCAAUUUACGAGUGUCUGGGUAAUAAUUGGCUUUGCUAUUGAUCGAUGGUUUGCUAUUAAAUGGCCAAUGCUUCAUUACACACAUAGCUCAAAAAGAGCUUGUUAUAUUGUUGUGACAAUUUACUGUUUGGGUUUUAUUUAUUCAUUACCACGUUUUUUUGAAUAUAAAGCUGAAAUACGACGUGAAGAAUUAACUGUAGUUGAUAAUUAUACAGAAUAUUAUGAUCAUGUUGUGGUAACAAAUAAAUUACAUAAUAGUACUAUUUAUCAAUAUACCGUCCAUCUUAUUCUUUAUAGUCUUCUUCAAAGUAUUCUUCCGCUUUUAUUGUUAUCAUAUUUUAAUGUUGAACUUAUUCGAAGUGUUCAUGCUAGUUCACAUUUUCUUCAACGUUGUACACCACACUAUGUACAAAAUACACGUAUUGCACGUGAAACAAAUACAAUACGUUUUAGAGACGGUGUUGUCACACGUUCAGUUAUAUGUUUAAUUGGUUUAUUUACUAUAUGUCAAGUACCAGCAUCAAUACUUCACUAUAUUUAUAUGUUUUAUCGAAAUCAUAAAUGGCUUUAUAUUUGUUAUGAUAUAUCGAAUUUUCUUAUUUUUUUCAAUAGUACAGCUGUUCAUUCAAACUAUUGGGAAUAUCAAAAACGACCGAAUAAUGGAAAUAUUUUUACUCAACGAAAACCAUCUUUCGAACCGAUAUCUCCACUUCGUUCAAUAUAUCGACGUACUAGUUCAUUACAUAAUAUUAAUUUAACAAAAACUAGUCCUAUAAAAUAUGGUCGUUAUUCAAUAUGUGAAUGUAAUCAUAGAAAAACAUCAUUAAUACCAACUAAAGAACGAAAAUCACUUAAUUUUAAUUAUCAAAAAUCGAAACAUAAAACAAAAGAUAAUUAUUAUCGUUGUAAUAGUGAACAAUAUUCAUUAAAUCCAAAGAAAUAUUCUCUAUCAAUGAAUACAAAUACAAAUAAUGAUUAUAAUCGGGGACAAAAAUUACAUUAUAUUACAUAUAAAUGUAAAAAUAAUCAUCAAAAACUUGCAAGACAAUCAUCAUCAACAACAACAACAACAACAAUAACAUCUAAUGUUGUUCAAUCACCAAAGAAUGUUAAUGCAUCAAAUUCAACGUUAACCGAUUAA